ACAGUCUCAAACUUCUCUUCUUCAUCCUCUUCACAAAAAUCACAAUCAAUCAAUCAAUCAAUCUUCGUUCUCUCAGCAAAACCAUGUCCUCUUCCAAGAAGAUCGUUCUCAAGAGCUCCGAUGGCGACACUUUUGAAAUCGACGAGGCGGCCGCCCUCCAGUCACAGGCCAUCCGCCACAUGAUCGAGGACGAUUGUGCCGAUAACGUCAUCCCUCUUCCAAAUGUCACCAGCAAGAUCCUCGCCAAGGUUAUCGAGUACUGCCGCAAGCAUGUCGAUGCUUCCUCCGCCGAUCCCCCCCUCUCUGAACAAGAUCUCAAUGCCUGGGACCGGGACUUCGCUGAUGUUGAUCAGGCCACACUUUUCGAUCUCCUUCUGGCUGCAAAUUAUCUGAGCAUCAAUAGCUUGUUAGACCUGACAUGCCGAACAGUAGCUAACAUGUUCAGGGGAAAAACUCCAGAGGAGGUCAGAAAGACCUUCAACAUCAAGAACGACUUCACACCGGAGGAAGAGGCGGAAAUUCGUAGGGAGAAUCAGUGGGCUUUUGAAUGAUUUGAAGUCCCAUAAGAGUGCCCAAGGAUCUUGAUCAAUAUGAUGGUUGUUCUGUACAUGGUUCUGUAUAAACAUUUCUUUUUGGUUCUUUUGGGGUGUAUUCAAUCACUCCGUUGGUCUUCACAUUGUUUGAACCUCAUCAUAAUUGUACAAACUUUAAUUUUUUUUUUUUUU